UCUCUUCCCCUCUUCUCUUCUUCAGCAUGCUCCAUUCUUUCUUACUUUAAAAUUUCUCCGAAUCCAUUUCGAUUUUUUUCUUAACCAUGAUUAACGGUAGAGACAUCUAUGAUGUAUUUGCAGCCAUAAUUCCUCUCUAUGUUGCUAUGAUAUUAGCCUACGGAUCGGUACGGUGGUGGAAGAUCUUCACUCCGGAUCAAUGUUCCGGUAUCAACCGUUUCGUGGCGGUGUUUGCCGUCCCAUUGCUUUCCUUCCAUUUCAUCUCUUCCAACAACCCUUACGCCAUGAACUACCGCUUCAUCGCCGCGGAUUCUCUCCAGAAGGUCGUCAUACUCACUGCUCUGUUUCUAUGGCUAAACUUAGCCAAAAACGCCAACCUCGAGUGGAUGAUUACUCUGUUUUCGCUCUCCACUCUUCCCAACACCCUCGUCAUGGGAAUCCCACUUCUGAAAGCCAUGUACGGUGAUUUUUCAGGCAGCCUAAUGGUCCAGAUCGUGGUUUUGCAGAGUGUAAUCUGGUACACCCUGAUGCUCUUCCUGUUCGAAUACAGGGGAGCUAAGCUUUUAAUCGGCGAGCAGUUUCCCGAGACAGCCGCCUCCAUCACAUCCUUUAAAGUCGAUUCCGAUGUCAUUUCGUUGAACGGACGGGAGCCAUUACAGGCUGAUGCUGAGAUUGGGGACGAUGGGAAGUUGCAUGUGGUGGUGAAGAGAUCAAAUGCAUCCUCCAUGGCUUCUUCUUUCAAGUCCCAUGGAUUGACUCCGAGAGCAUCGAAUCUCACCGGAGUUGAAAUUUACUCCGUGCAAUCUUCACGGGAGCCGACGCCAAGAGCAUCGAGUUUCAACCAGACUGAUUUCUACGCCAUGUUUCAGAGCAAGGCCCCAAGUCCGAAACAUGGGUACACCAACAGUUUGGGAGUCGGUGAUAUAUACUCACUGCAAUCAUCGAAAGGCCCUACGCCGAGGACGUCGAAUUUCGACGAGGAGAUGAUAAAGAUUAAUGCGAAGAAAAGGGGAGGAAGAAGCAUGAGCGGUGAGCUCUUUAAUGGUGGUCUGUUUAAUUCGUCUUAUCCACCGCCAAAUCCAAUGUUUUCCGGAACUAGUACUAGCGGCAGCACGAGGAAGAAGGAAACGACGCCUCAUAAGGAGCUUCACAUGUUCGUAUGGAGCUCGAGUGCGUCUCCGACAUCGGAAGGGAAUCUCCGGCAGGCUGUGAACAGAGCUGCCUCCACCGACCUGGCCGGUAUGGAUUCAAAAACUGAUUCUAAGGCUGUUGCUUCGCAAGCAGCGGUGAACGAGCUGAUUGAGAACAUGACUCCGGCUGGUGGGAAAAUGAACGGAGAUGAUAUUGAAGAAGGGUCGUCAAAGUUUCCGACCAGUGGAUCACCGUACACGUACCAGAAGAAGGCAGUGGAAGAAGGAGAUGUGGCAGGGAAGAUGCACCAGAUGCCACCGGCGAGUGUGAUGACAAGGCUGAUACUGAUCAUGGUGUGGAGGAAGCUUAUAAGGAAUCCGAAUACUUAUUCAAGUCUACUAGGGUUGGCCUGGUCUCUGAUAUCAUUCCGGUGGAACAUACAAAUGCCGAACAUUGUACAAGGUUCCAUAUCGAUACUGUCCAAUGCUGGUCUUGGAAUGGCAAUGUUCAGUCUAGGAUUGUUUAUGGCUUUACAACCAAAGAUCAUAGCUUGUGGGAAAUCUGUGGCUACAUUCUCCAUGGCUGUGAGGUUUCUAACAGGGCCAGCAGUGAUUGCUGCAACCUCCAUAGCUGUAGGACUUCGAGGUGUCCUAUUGCAUGUGGCAAUUGUUCAGGCUGCUCUUCCACAAGGGAUUGUUCCAUUUGUCUUUGCAAAGGAGUACAAUGUUCAUCCAGACAUACUUAGCACUGCGUAAGUUCCAUUCAUAUCUCUUUUAUUAUGUAGCCAAUUUGGCCUUUGAAAUUAUAGACUUCAUGAUUUCAACUUCUCAAGAACCAAAAAACUUUCUCAAGACACACCUGUUUAAUCUAAGGAUGUGUCUAUCUAGGACACAGGAUAAAAAAUAAUAAAUAGAUAUAAUUGUA